CCUCACACCAGCAGCAGCUGUCCUCAGCCGGGGAGGAGGGCGAUGAGGGUUCCUGUGAGCUGUCGGACGAGGUGAGCCGAGACAGCACCAUGGGUUCGGACUCGGACACUUUCUCCUCCCCGUUCUGCUUGUCCCCCGUCAGCGAGGCCCUCUGUGAGAGCAGCGGCUCCGUCUUCCUGGACAAUGAAACCAGGGAACUUUGUGAGGAGUCCAUGACCCACUCGGCCAGCUCCGCCUCCAGCCUGGACAGCCACGCCCUGUCCGAGAGCAGCGCCCAGUCGCAGGGCGUUCGGUGGGAGGAGCAGCAAAAGGUGCUGGCUCUGGAGCAGUUGUGUGGCGUGUUCAGGGUGGACUUGGGUCACAUGAGGUCACUGAGACUCUUCUUCAGUGAUGAGGCGUGUACCAGUGGCCAGCUGGUGAUAGCCAGCAGAGAGAGCCAGUAUAAGAUCCUCCACUUCCAUCAUGGUGGCCUGGACAAGCUGGCUGAGGUCUUCCAGCAGUGGAGGUGCUGCAGGGAAACCCAGCAUAAAGACCAGGUGUCAGAUGAGAGGUCCUGCAUGCAGUUUUCCAUCCAGAGGCCCACCCUACCUUCGGCCGAGACCCACCCAGAGGAAAAGCUUUAUCGGCGGCUGGAUGUCACCACUUGGCUACGUCACCUCAACCACAAUGGUCAGGUGGAGGAGGAGUAUAAGCUACGCAAGGCCAUCUUCUUUGGCGGUAUCGACCCAUCCAUCCGUGGCGAGGUGUGGCCCUUCCUGUUGCAUUACUACAGCUAUGACUCCACCUCUCAGGAGAGGGAGGCCUGGAGACUGCAAAAACGCACCCACUAUCAGGACAUCCAGCAGAGAAGAUUAUCCAUGAGCCCUGAGGAACACAGUGAGUUUUGGAGAAAGGUCCAGUUCACAGUCGACAAAGACGUGGUGAGAACGGACCGCAGCAACCAUUUCUUCAGAGGAGAGAAUAACCCAAAUGUGGAGAUCAUGAGGCGGAUUCUGCUCAACUAUGCAGUGUUUAAUCCAGACAUGGGUUACUGCCAGGGAAUGUCUGACCUGGUGGCCCCCCUGCUCACUGAGAUCCAGGAUGAAAGCGACACCUUCUGGUGCUUUGUCGGCCUCAUGGAGAACACUAUCUUCAUCAGCUCGCCACGGGAUGAAGACAUGGAGAGACAGCUAAUGUAUCUUCGGGAGCUGCUGCGCCUCAUGUUGCCCCACUUCCACCAGCACCUGACCAGACUCGGGGAGGACGGCCUCCAGCUGCUCUUCUGCCACCGCUGGAUCCUGCUGUGCUUCAAACGAGAGUUCCCUGACACUGAGGCUCUGCGCAUGUGGGAGGCCUGCUGGGCACACUACCAGACCGACUAUUUCCACCUGUUCCUGUGUGUGGCCAUCAUUGUUCUUUAUGGGGAGGACGUGACAGAACAGCAGCUUGCCACUGACCAAAUGUUGCUCCACUUCAGCAACCUCUCCAUGCACAUGAAUGGGGAGCUAGUGCUACGCAAGGCCCGCAGCCUUCUCUACCAGUUCCGCCUCCUACCCAGGAUCCCAUGCAGCCUACAUGACCUUUGUAAACUGUGUGGCCCGGGGAUGUGGGACAGCCGCUACAUCCCCACUGUGGAGUGUUCGGGUGAACACUCAGACUCACAGAGCUGCCCCUAUGGAGGCACUUCCACCCCACAGCCUUCCUCGCCCUCCCCGUCAUCCACACCCUUGUCCUCACCAAACCCCACCCCCACACCUCCACCCGAGGUGUUCAGUAUCACAUGAAUCGGUGAUGAGGAUGGUUUGCUGUUGCAUGGGCUGGAGAUCAAGAAGCUUGGAGCAGAAUGGACAAUCACUCACUGCGUGCGAUGUUGGUCUGGAGCCACUUCAGGUUCUCAUCUGUUGGUGGCUUGGCAGAAUUUCAUAUGGCUUUGUGGGCAGGGGUCACAUCAGGGUCUGAGGCAACCGUCCUGAAUUUGAGCAGACUCUGACCGCAGGUCAAAUGAAACUGCAGAUUCAUUCACAAGACUUGAACUAAAAUGUCCCAGUAUUCUCACAAUGGAAUACUUGUGUGAAUAUCAAAUUAUAUGUGCACAUCUAAAGUCUGAGCAGAAUAUUUUUAACAUGCAACCCAAACCCUUGGUGUUUAACCAAGAACGGUUAAGCCAGAAAUAGGAUUAUAACAAAUGACUGGUACUUUCAUUUUAUUUUCCAGCAAGUGAAUGUUUGCAUUUAUAUCAGCAGUUAUAAAAUAUUUACCAAUAUUAUAUCCUUGCAUGAGCAGUUCUUUACAUGUAGAGGGCACAACAUGUUUGUUGAAAAACAUGUAAGCUCAAAACAGAGGUAAGAAUGUGUUUACAUGACAAACACUCAUGGCAUGAUUGGGCUCCACAUAUUAGCUCAUCAGAUUCUGGUAAGAGAACAUUUUCAUCAUUUCUCUCUGUUACAGUGGUGUUUCUGGACAAACAGGAGGCAGCUAGCCAUUUAUUUCCUUCUGGUAAAGUCGGACAGCUGCUCAUCGAGCUUCACUAUUUACACAUUAGCAUCACAGGAUAUAAAAUGUGUAUAAAUUCUGACGAUUUGGACAGAAAUGAUAACAUUAUCUGCUAAAGAAGGCAUAGAUCAUGUUUUAUCUUGGCAGAGAAACUGAUUUCCUUCUGUCUUACCUGAGGUUUUGUUUUCUGAGUUGAACCAUUUUUAGGCAGGGUUGUGGUGUCGCCAUAGUGGUUUUGUUUGUUUGUUUGUUUGUUUGUUUUUUUAAUACCACCAUCUUGACUCUGACCUGAAAAUGAAUAACGUAUUAUCAACACUAAGAAUCAGUCCGCAUGAUUUUUGUUUUUCCCCCCACUCAAAUAAAAUGGUGUGAAACUCUUG